GCUGCUUUGCACACUGACACAAUAGUGUCCUGGUACUCCCAGUGAAGGGCCAAGGUCCCGGCUCCUAUUGAAGCCCUUCUCUCUGGACCUGGAGCAAGCCGGCUGCUGGCAGUGGCUUUUCUUUGGGAUCUCACAGCAAACGGGGGGUAUAAUAUUGAGAUGCUGGAGGGACAUCGGGAGAGCAGCAGGGCUGGCUUUGUCCUGAAGAAGCCGCUCAAGAUGAACAUGGUGAAGAGGAUCAUGGGACGGCCGCGGCAGGAGGAGUGCAGCCCCCAGGACAACGCGCUGGGCCUGAUGCACCUGCGUCGCCUGUUCUCCGAGCUGUGCCACCCGCCGCGUCACAUGACCCAGAAGGAGCAGGAGGAGAAGCUGUACAUGAUGCUGCCUGUCUUCAACCGGGUAUUUGGGAACGCCCCGCCCAGCACGAUGACAGAAAAGUUCUCUGACCUGCUGCAGUUCACCACCCAGGUGUCCCGGCUGAUGGUGACCGAGAUCCGACGGAGAGCGUCUAAUAAAUCCACAGAGGCCGCCAGUCGAGCCAUUGUGCAGUUCCUGGAGGUGAACCAGAGUGAGGAGGCCAGUCGGGGCUGGAUGCUGCUUACCACCAUUAACCUGCUGGCCUCAUCAGGACAGAAAACGGUGGACUGCAUGACCACGAUGUCCGUUCCCUCCACGCUGGUGAAGUGUCUGUACCUCUUCUUUGACCUGCCGCUCGUACCCGAGGUCCCGGGCGCGGCGCAGACCGAGCUGCCUCUGGCCGACCGCCGGGCCCUGCUGCAGAAGGUCUUUGUGCAGAUCCUGGUGAAGCUGUGCAGUUUUGUGUCUCCGGCCGAGGAGCUGGCCCAGAAGGACGACCUGCAGCUCCUGUUCAGCGCCAUCACCUCCUGGUGCCCCCCCCACAACCUGCCCUGGAGGAGGAGCGCCGGGGAGGUGCUGAUGACCAUCUCCCGCCACGGCCUGAGCGUCAACGUGGUCAAGUACAUCCACGAGAAAGAGUGCUUGUCCACGUGCAUUCAGAACAUGCAGCAGUCGGACGACCUCUCGCCCCUAGAGAUCGUGGAGAUGUUCGCCGGUCUCUCCUGUUUCCUGAAGGACUCCAGUGACGUGUCCCAGACCCUCCUGGAUGACUUCCGCAUCUGCCAGGGGUACACAUUCCUCUGUGACCUGAUGCUGAGGUUAGAACAGGCCAAAGAGGACGAUUCCAAAGAUGCGCUGAAGGACCUGGUCAACCUGGUGACGUCUCUCAGCACGUACGGAGUGGGCGAGCUGAAGCCGGCCGGUCUCACCACGGGGGCGCCGUUCCUCCUGCCCGGCUUCGUGGUGCCGCAGCCCUCCUGCAAAGGUCACACGGUGAGGAACAUCCAUGCCUUCUCGGUACUCCAGAACGCCUUCCUGAAAGCCAAAACCAGCCGCCUCACCAGCAUCAUUCUGGACGCCAUCGCCAACAUCUACAUGGCCGACAACGCCAACUACUUCAUCCUGGAGGCCCAGCACACCCUCUCCCAGUUCGGCGAGAAGAUCUCCCGGCUGCCCGAGGCGCAGGCCAAGUACUUCGAGCUGCUGGAGUUUGUAGUCUUCAGCCUGAACUACGUCCCCUGCAAGGAGCUGUUCAGCGUUAGCGUCCUGCUCAAGUCCAGCACCUCGUACCAGUGCAGCAUCACGGCCACGCGCACCCUGCUCAAGCUGGCCCGCCACGACCCCGUCUUCAGCGAGGUCUUCCGCGAGGUGGGCCUCCUGGAGGUCCUGGUCAACCUGCUGCACAAGUACGCCGCCCUGAUGAAGGACCCCACCCAGGCCCACAACGAGCAGGGCGAGUCGAAGAACAACAACGUGGCGGAGGAGCAGAAGCAGCUGGCCUGGCUGGUGAUGGAGACGCUCACCGUUCUGCUCCAAGGGUCCAACACCAACGCAGGUCUGUUCCGGGAGUUUGGGGGUGCCAGAUGUGUCCAUAACAUAGUGAGGUACCGGCAGUGCCGCGAGCACGCUCUGAUGAUCAUCCAGCAGCUGGUGCUGUCGCCGAGCGGCGACGACGACAUGGGCACCCUGCUGGGCCUCAUGCACUCCGCCCCCUCCAACGAGCUGCAGCUGAAGACCGACAUCCUGAAGUCCCUGUUGGCGGUCCUGAGAGAGAGCCACCGAACCAGGACGGUCUUCCGCAAGGUGGGCGGCUUCGUGUACGUGACCUCCCUGCUGGUCGCCAUGGAGAGGUCGCUGUGCUCGCCCCCCAGGAACGGCUGGGAGCGGGUGAACCAGAACCAGGUGUUCGAGCUGCUGCACACCGUCUUCUGCACGCUGACGGCCGCCAUGCGCUACGAGCCCGCCAACUCCCACUUCUUCCGCACCGAGGUGCAGUACGAGAACCUGGCCAACGCCGUGCGGCUCCUGGGCUGCUUCUCCGACGCCAAGAAGCUGGGCCCGGCCGCCGCGUUCCCCUCCAACGUCCAGCCCUUCCAGAGGCUGCUGGAGGAGGAGCUCGUGCCCCUGGACACCGUGUGCCCCACCCUCAAGCACGGCAGCAAGCUGUUCGUCUACCUGUACAAGAUGGCCACCGACUCCUUUGACAGCCGUGCUGAGCAGGUGCCCCCCUGCCUGACGCACGAGACCUCCCUCCCCUCCCCCUGGGGUACCCCAGCGCUCGCCAGGAAGAGACAUGGCUACCCCGGAGUGUCCUCUGUGGCUCCCACCUUUCCCGCCAAAUCGGCAGCCGAGCUGAAGGUCCACGUGGCGAACCCUUCCCAGCAUUCCUCAGACUCUGUGGUCAUCCACCCUGGAGCGGGCCUGGCCAUGCUCGACCUCCUGGCCUCAGUCAGCUCCGACUCCCAGCCAGAGCAUGCACUGGACCUGCAGCUGGCGGUGGCCAGCAUGCUGCAGCUGCUGGUGCACUCGGAGCGGAACCAGCAGAUCAUGUGCGAGGCGGGCCUGCACUCCCGCCUCCUCCAGCGCUGCAGCUCCGCCCUCGGCGACGAGGACCACCCCCUGCACCCGCCCCUGCAGAGGAUGUUCGAGAGGCUCGCCUCACAGGCCCUGCAGCCCAUGGCCCUCAGGGAAUUCCUUCGCUUGGGCAACCCAUUGAAUUGCGGUGCCUGGGACAAGAAGCUCUUAAAACAGUAUCGCGUCCACAAGCCAAGCUCUCUCAGCUAUGAGGCAGAGAUGAGAAACAGCAUGACCAUGUCGACGGAGGGCUUCGGGCCCGACAGCGUCUUCGCCGUGAGCGAGGACAACAGCCAGUACCGCAUCAGCCGGAGCCUGGUGCGCACCGCCGAGGGCAGCACCGUGCCGCUCACCAGGGUCAAGUGCCUGGUCUCCAUGACGACGCCGCACGACAUCCGGCUGCACGGCUCGUCGGUCACGCCGGCCUUUGUGGAGUUCGACGCCUCGAUGGAAGGGUUCGGGUGUUUGUUCUUACCGAGCCUCGCACCCCACAACGCCCCGUCCAACAACGUCAACGCCUCUGGGGUCAGCGACGGGACGGUGGUCAGCGGAAUGGGCAACGGUGAGCGUCUCUUCCCCCCUCCCUCGGGCCUGACCUACUCCUCCUGGUUCUGCAUCGAGCGCUUCAGCGCCCCGCCCCACAACCACCCGGUGCGCCUGCUGACCGCCGUGCGGCGGGCCACCUCCUCGGAGCAGCACUACGUGUGCCUGGCCAUCGUCCUGUCCGCCAAGGACCGCUCGCUCACGGUUUCCACCAAGGAAGAGCUGCUGCAGAACUACGUGGACGACUUCAGCGAGGAAUCCUCCUUCUACGAGAUCCUGCCCUGUUGCGCCCGGUUCCGCUGCGGUGACCUCAUCAGCGAGGGACAAUGGCACCACCUGGUGUUGGUGAUGAGCAAAGGCAUGCUAAAGAACAGCACGGCUACACUCUACAUCGACGGGCAGUUGGUCAACACAGUCAAGCUACACUACGUUCACAGUUCACCAGGCGGUUCGGGAUCCACCAACCCCCCUGUGGUGAGCACGGUGUACAGCUACAUCGGCACUCCCCCAGCCCAGCGCCAGCCCUCCGCGCUGGUGUGGCGCCUCGGGCCCACCCACUUCCUGGAGGAGGUGCUGCCGGCCACUAGCGUCUCCGCCGUCUACGAGCUCGGCCCCAACUACGUGGGCAGCUUCCAGGCUGUCAACCUGCCCUGCAAAGACCCUAAAGGGGAAGCUCCGCCUCCAUCCCCUGUGGCCCUGGUGCCUGAAGAGAAGGUGUCCUUCAGCCUGUAUGCGCUGUCUGUCUCCUCCUUCACCGUAGCCAAGAUCAGGAAGGUCUACAACAAGCUGGACAGCAAGGCCAUUGCCAAGCAGUUGGCCGUCUCCUCCCACGAAAAUGCCACGCCAGUCAAGCUCGUCCACAACGCGGCGGGUCAUCUGAACGGCCCAGCACGCACAGUAGGCGCUGCGGUCAUCGGUUACCUGGGUGUGCGUGCGUUUGUUCCGAAGCCGGUGGCGACAAACCUUCAGUACAUCGGAGGCGCGGCAGCCAUCCUGGGCCUGGUCGCCAUGGCGUCAGACGUGGAGGGGCUGUAUGCGGCGGUCAAGGCCCUGGUGUGUGUGGUGAAGAGCAACCCAUUGGCCAGCAAGGAGAUGGAGCGCAUCAAAGGCUACCAGCUGCUGGCCAUGCUGUUGAAGAAGAAGCGCUCCUUGCUCAACAGCCACAUCCUGCACCUGACCUUCUCUCUGGUGGGAACUGUGGACAGUGGCCAUGAGACCUCCAUCAUCCCCAACUCCACUGCCUUCCAGGACCUGCUGUGUGACUUUGAGGUGUGGCUCCACGCUCCCUAUGAAUUGCACCUGUCCCUAUUUGAGCAUUUCAUUGAGCUCCUGACCGAAUCCAGCGAGGCGGCGAAGAACGCCAAGCUUCUGCGGGAGUUCCAGCUGAUCCCCAAACUGCUGCUGACCCUGCGGGACAUGUCCCUGUCCCAGCCCACCAUUGCCGCCAUCAGCAACGUCCUCAGCCUGCUGCUGCAGGGCUUCCCAAACAGCUACGACCUCCUCAGGUUCGGCCAAUUCGUCGCCUCCACAUUACCCACGUUUGCAGUCUGUGAGAAAUUUGUUGUCAUGGAGGCCAACAAUGAAGAGAAGGUAGAUGCAGGUACUGAGGAUGAUUUUGGGGGCCUUCUCUCUGCCAAUCUCAUCUUACUGAGAAACAGGCUUCUGGACAUCUUACUGAAACUGCUCUUCACUUCCAAAGAGAAAUGUGCCGUCAACACACAGGCGUGCGAGGAGCUGGUGCGCACGCUGGGCUUUGAUUGGCUGCUGAUGUUCAUGGAGGAGCACCUGCACUCCAGCAGCGUGACGGCGGCCAUGCGGGUCCUGGUGGUGUUGCUCAGCAACCAGCCCAUCCUGGCCCGAUUCAAGGAGGGGCUGUGCGGCGGGGGCUGGCUGGACCACACCGACUCCGUGCUCACCAACAAGAUCGGCACCGUCCUGGGUUUCAACGUCGGCCGAAACGCUGGAGGCAGGUCCACGUUACGGGAGAUCAACCGGGAGGCCUGCCACUUCCCAGGGUUCCCUGUGCUCCAGAGCUUCCUGCCCAAACACACCAAUGUGCCGGAGCUGUACUUCCUGCUGAUGGCCAUGUUUCUGCAGCAGCCUGUGAGCGAGCUGCCGGAGAACCUGCAGUUCUCCUCGCAGUUCGACCUGGACUCCAUCUGGACGUUCAUCUUCGGGGUGCCGGCGUCCAGCGGCGCCGUGGUGGGCUCCAUUCACAACGUGUGCACCGAGGCCGCCUUCCUCCUGCUGGCCAUGCUGCGCAGCAUGCUCAACCUGCCCUGGCAGUCGGAGGAGGAGGGCUCCUGGCUCAGGGAGUACCCCGUCACGCUCAUGCAGUUUUUCCGCUACCUCUACCACAACGUGCCCGACCUGGCGCCCAUGUGGCUCAGCCCGGAGUUCCUGUGCGCGCUGGCAGCCACCGUCUUCCCCUUCAACAUCAGGCCCUACUCUGAGAUGGUGAGUGACCUGGACGACGAGGUGGGGUCUCCAGCGGAGGAGUUCAAGGCCUUCGCCGCGGACACGGGCAUGAACCGCAGCCAGUCCGAGUACUGCAACGUGGGCUCCAAGACCUACCUGACCAACCACCCCGCCAAGAAGUACGUCUUCGACUUCAUGCGAGUGCUCAUCAUGGAGAACCUGUGCAUGACGCCUGCCACCAAGCAGACGCCAAUCGUCGACCUGCUUCUGGAGGCCUCCCCUGAGCGAUCGACUCGGACGCAGCAGAAGGAGUUUCAGUCCUACAUCCUGGACAGCGUGAUGGAGCACCUGCUGGCUGCCGACGUCCUUCUCGGCGAGGAUGCAUCCCUGCCGAUAACCAGUGGAGGGAGCUACCAGGUCCUGGUCAACAAUGUUUUCUACUUCACCCAGCGUGUGGUGGACAAGCUGUGGCAGGGCAUGUUCAAUAAGGAGUCCAAGCUCGUGGUGGAGUUCAUAGUGCAGCUCAUUGGACAAUCCAAGCGGAGGUCCCAAGGCCUGUCCCUGGACUCCAUCUACCACAGUCUGAACAGGACCAUCCUGUACCAGCUCUCCAGGCCGCACAAGACCGUCCCCCAGCAGGUGGCGCUCCUGGACUCGCUGCGCGUCCUCACCGUCAACCGCAACCUGAUCCUAGGGCCCUGCAACCACGACCAGGACUUCAUCGCCUGCCUGGCGCACUGCUUCAUCAUCCUGCACGCGGGGAGCUGCGUGGACGGCUUCGGCCUGGAGGCGGAGGCGCGCAUGACCACCUGGCACGUCAUGAUACCGUCCGACGCCGAGUCCGAUGCCACACACAGCCAGGACGUCAGCGAGGGUCGGCAGCUUCUGCUGAAGGCGGUCAACAGAGUGUGGACCGAGCUCAUUCACAGCAAGAGGCCGGUUCUGGAGGACAUAUUCAAGGUCCCCCUGCCGGCCAGCGACCGCGGUCACGUGGACAUGCUGUCCGCCCGCGCGCACAUCGAGGAGCCCGCCGCCAAGAGCUGGCUGAACCACCUGGCGCAUGAGAAGAAGUGCAUCAGCCGAGGAGAGGCGGUCGCCCCGGUAACCCAGUCCAAGCUGUCCCGGGUCAGCAGCGGGUUCGGGCUGUCCAAGCUGACCGGGUCGAGGCGCAACAGGAAGGAGACGGGCCUCAACAAGAACAACCUCUCUGCGCAGGAAACCUUCCAGUGGAUGUUCACACACAUUGCAGUUGUGCGGGAUCUGGUUGCCAUGCAGUACAAAGAGUAUCAAGAGCGGCAGCAGAACGCACUGAAAUACGUGACGGAGGAGUGGGCGGGGAUCGAGUACGAGCUCCUGAGGGAGAGGGGCCUGUGGGGCCCCCCCAUCGGGUCCCACCUGGACAAGUUCCUGCUGGAGAUGACGGAGGGGCCCUGCCGCAUGAGGAAGAAGAUGGUGCGCAACGACAUGUUCUACAUCCACUACCCCUUCGUGCCCGACACAGAGCCGGACCCCAGCUCCCAGAAACCCAUUCGCUACCGGAGGGCCAUCAGCUAUGACAGUAAGGAGUAUUACAUGCGUGUGCUGUCGGGAAAUCCAGGCAUGUACCAGCAUUCCAUCGAGCAUAGUUCUGAGGGGGAGACAACUCAGCAUGAGCCUGAACAUGGGGAGGACACCAUCGCCAGGGUCAAAGGCCUGGUGAAGCCCCCGCUGAAGCGCUCUCGCUCCACGGCGGACGGAGCGGACGAGGACGGCCAGGAUCAGCUGCAGGACCCGUCUCUGGAGUCCGGGGCCUUGGACGAGGAGGAGAAGACCGAUAACACCACCUUGCUGAGGCUGCUGGAGGAGGGGGAGAAGAUCCAGCACAUGUACCGCUGCGCUCGGGUUCAAGGCCUGGACACCAGCGAGGGCCUGCUGCUGUUCGGGAAAGAGCACUUCUACGUGAUAGACGGCUUCACCAUGACAAUCACCCGGGAGAUUCGGGACAUAGAGACUCUGCCACCAAACAUGCACGAGGCAAUCAUCCCCAGGGGGGCGCGGCAGGGCCAGAGCCAGCUGAAGAGAACGUACAGCAUCUUCGCCUACGAGGACAUCAAAGAGGUGCACAAGCGGCGUUACCUGCUCCAGCCAAUAGCCGUAGAGGUGUUUUCAGGUGAUGGGCGAAAUUACCUGCUAGCUUUCCAGAAAGGAGUUCGGAACAAAGUCUACCAGAGGUUCCUGGCAGUGGUGCCAUCUCUAGCUGACAGUUCUGAGUCUGUGUCAGGCCAGCGGCCCAACACCAGCGUAGAACAGGGGUCUGGUUUAUUGAGCACACUCGUGGGAGAGCGGUCUGUAACUCAGCGAUGGGAGAGAGGGGAGAUCAGUAACUUCCAGUACCUGAUGCACCUCAACACGCUGGCAGGCAGGUCCUACAAUGACCUGAUGCAGUACCCCGUCUUCCCCUGGAUUCUGGCCGACUACGACUCAGAGGAGCUGGAUCUAAGCAAUCCCAAAACGUUCCGUAACCUGGCCAAGCCCAUGGGAGCCCAAACGGAUGACAGGCUGACCCAGUACAAGAAGAGGUUUAAGGACUGGGAGGAUCCCAAUGGUGAAACCCCUGCCUAUCACUACGGCACACACUACUCCUCUGCCAUGAUUGUGGCGUCCUACUUGAUCCGAAUGGAGCCCUUCACACAGAUAUUCCUCAGGCUACAGGGGGGUCAUUUCGAUCUGGCCGACAGGAUGUUCCACAGCAUCCGCGAGGCCUGGAUGUCCGCCGCCAAGCACAACAUGGCCGACGUCAAGGAGCUCAUCCCUGAAUUCUUCUACCUCCCGGAGUUCCUUCUGAACUCAAAUAACUUUGACCUUGGUAGCAAACAGAACGGCACCAAACUGGGGGAUGUGAUCCUACCCCCAUGGGCCAAGGGGGACCCCAGGGAAUUCAUCCGGGUCCAUCGAGAGGCUCUGGAGUGUGAUUAUGUCAGCGCCCACCUGCAUGAGUGGAUAGACCUGAUAUUCGGCUUCAAGCAGCAGGGCCCUCCGGCCGUGGAGGCCGUCAACGUCUUCCACCACCUCUUCUACGAGGGCCAGGUGGACAUCUACAACAUCAACGACCCGCUCAAGGAGACCGCCACCAUCGGCUUUAUCAAUAACUUCGGCCAGAUUCCCAAACAGCUCUUUAAGAAGCCCCACCCUCCAAAGCGAGUUCGCAGCCGGUCGAAUGGGGAGCCGCCGGGCCUGCCUGCCUCCAUCAACACCGCUGCAGAUAAGAUCUUCUUCCACCACUUGGACAACCUGCGGCCCUCGCUGGCCCCUGUCAAAGAGCUGAAGGAGCCAGUGGGUCAGAUCGUGUGCACGGAUAAGGGCAUUCUGGCCGUGGAGCAGAACAAGGUUCUGGUGCCGCCCGCCUGGAACAAAACCUUCGCCUGGGGCUACGCUGACCUCAGCUGCAGACUGGCCAACUACGAGUCUGAUAAGGCGGUCAUUGUGUACGAGUGCCUGUCGGAGUGGGGCCCGAUCCUGUGUGCCAUCUGUCCCAACCCCAAGCUGGUGGUGACCGGGGGCACCAGCACGGCCAUCUGCGUGUGGGAGAUGGGCACCUCCAAAGAAAGAGCCAAAACCCUCACUCUUAAACAGGCCUUGCUGGGACACACAGAUGCCAUCACGUGCCUGACGGCCUCCUCUGCCUACCACAUCAUCAUCAGCGGCUCGCGAGAUCGCACCUGCAUCAUCUGGGACCUCAACAAGCUGGCCUUCGUCACCCAGCUGAGGGGUCACCGUGCCCCCGUCUCCGCCCUCUGCAUCAAUGAGCUCACGGGAGACAUCGUGUCCUGCGCAGGCACCUACAUCCACGUGUGGAGCAUCAACGGCGGCCCCAUUGUCAGCGUGAACACCUUCACCGGGCGCAGCCAGCAGAUCCUGUGCUGCUGCCUGUCCGAGAUGAACGAGUGGGACACGCAGAACGUCAUCGUCACCGGCCACUCCGACGGCGUCGUCCGGUUCUGGCGGAUGGAGUUCCUGCAGGUCCCAGAGACCCCCGCUCCGGAACCCGUGGAACCCCCCGAUGUUCCGGACUGCUGCGGAGAAGAAAAGAUAGAGGGCCGUGAAGCUCACGAUGAGGACAGCAGCGACUCUGACGGGGACGAUCAGAGCAUCAGUCAGGAGCCCAAAGCGAGGGCGGUGCCCAGCCAGCCCAGCAGUGCCAUGCCCCGGCCCAAGGGCGCCAUGGCCCGGCCCAAGGCCUCCUGGUCUGCCGACAGCAGCUCCGAAGACUCGCGCCGCUGGUCCGACACCUUGAGCCUGGACGAGAAGGACGGCUUCGUGUUCGUCAACUACUCUGAGGGCCAGACGCGCCCAGCCCUGAACCCUCACCCGCACCCGCACCCGCACCCUGCCCCACACAGUGUGGUCCCCCAACCCCUACAGCCCGCCAACAUGGAGACCCGCACCUACAACCAACUUAGACCUGGCUACAGAUGGGAGCGUCAGCUAGUCUUCCGUAGCAAACUCACCAUGCACACGGCGUUCGACCGCAAGGACAACGCCCACCCGGCAGAAAUCAGCGCGCUCGCCAUCUCUAAGGACCACAGCAGGAUCCUGGUGGGCGAUGGAAGGGGCCGGGUCUUCAGCUGGUCGGUGAGCGAGCAGCCGGGCCGAUCGGCCGCUGAUCACUGGGUGAAGGACGAGCUGGUGGACAGCUGCUCCGGCUGCGCCGUGCGCUUCUCGCUGACCGAGCGGCGGCACCACUGCAGGAACUGCGGCCAGCUCUUCUGCCAGAAGUGCAGCCGCUUCCAGUCGGAGAUCAUGCGGCUGAAGAUCUCCUCCCCCGUCAGGGUUUGUCAGAACUGUUACUACAACCUGCAGCACGAGCGCGGCUCAGAGGAAGGCCCCAGAAACUAGCCCUUCCCCAACGGUCGCUCUCACACCUCCUGUAUUUCUCUGUACCAUGUGUAAAAGCACUGCUUUAGAAGAAGGGAUCACUGCAGAAAGCCUGUUCAAUGUUUUGUGUGUUGCAGAUAAGCAUGAUGGGGACUGGGCAGUGGGGGAAAAAGGAUUCUUAAUAAUCCAGUAGCUUUUGAUCUGUUUUUUUUUUCUUUUCUUUUUUUCCCUUUUUUUUCCUCCCCUUGUUUUUGCAGUCUUUCUGUUAACGUCCACUAAACUUCAAACCACAGGCUUUUUAGAUCAAGAACUUUUUUUUUAGAUUUACGGUAUGUAAAGGCCUCCUUUAGAAGUAUGAUGAAAUUGUUUAUAUUGUAAAUAAAUACAAUGGCCUUUUUAACUCCAACAGAAAACAAAACUAUUGAAAAUGAUUCUGCCUGUUAAUAGGAAUCGUGAGGAUUCACUCUUGGCUUUAAAGAGAAAGUGUUCAGUCAAUGUCAAAUGGAGAGGGGGGACGAUGAAUGUUAAAUAAAAUGAAUAGCUUGUCUAAAAAGGAUUAAAUGCAAUUACUAUUUUAAAAGGUUUUUUGUUUACAAUAUGUAUUUUGUUAAUGUGUUGCCCACAGUAUCAAUAUGUUGUGGCCUACAAACAAAGACUUGAUUACAGUCGAAAAGUCUUCAUAGUUUUAAGGAACAAGUUGAAUAUUCAUUUUACUUUCAGUUUAAUGAUUACUGUAAAAACUACUUGCCUUUAAGGUGUGAUUGCUUUCUAAUUAUGAUGAUACUAUUCAAUUUUGCUUACAGUUUAGAUGCACAUGACUUAGUUUGCCUUCAUUUAAGGUUACGGAAGGAAAUCAAACUUCGUUAAAGGGUUCUGUGCAAAACACAAAGGCAAAUGGGAUCGUGAUGGCAAUAGUGCCUAAGAGCAGAUUCAUUCAUUCAGAUUCAGCAUUCAAAUUCAUCCAAUCGUGUUUCACCAUUCAAUGGUAGAAGAACCACUGAUGUAGUGUUUCAGGGAAGAAAUACUACAGCACUUUCCAAGUCAGCUCAAAUUACCAUUAUAGAAGCAUCACAUGAUCAAAAAUAAAUUUAGAAUCCUAGCACAUAUCAAUUGUUUUGCAUGCUCAACCAUGCUCAACCUGUUGUCUCUGAUAUGGUAAUAGAUAUGCAAAUAGGGAUUUACAUCUUUAUGACCACAAGCUGCUCCACUGAACAUAUCAUUAAACUCUUUUGUCUUUCAUCAUAUCAUGUUUCAUGCACAAUGAAUGCAGUUUUGUCAUCAGUGUUAAUGUAAUUCCAGAGUGCUCAUUUAUAAAGUAAAUGUGCGCGCGUGUGUGUGAGAGUGAGAGAGAGAGAAAGAGAGAGAGUGAGAGUGAAAGAAUGUGUCAGACCGACAUUUGGUUACCAAAACCACUGGGCAUUGUGUAACGUCACUGUAUACCACUGUUGACACAGUCAAACAAGGGAUUGUUCGCCUGUUUUGCUUAUAUGAUUAACAACUACCGUGCAUGUGCAAAAUAUUAUCGUUCUGUCUGUUUACAUUGGGUUUUAAGGAUGUAUAUGUAACAAAGUAACAAUUAGGUCGUUGCAAUUAAUGUCCAAAGAACAGUGCUUUCUCCUGUAUUUUUCUGGGGGAAAUGUAAGUAUACUUUUAGACACUUUUUAAUGUACGUACUUGUUAUGAUUUGCCCCUAAGAGGUGCAUCUUCACAUAAUUUCGUAAUGUCCAGUGCUGUGGGAAUGCAUGGAAUGCAUAAGUGGAUUAUCAUAACCUUAUGUGUCUAUUGAUUUUAUAUUUCAUAUGACAAAUUAGACAUUUCCCGUAGGUUUUGAUUUCUUCCUCACCUAAAUUGAAAUAGUGCCACAUAAAUUUAGGUUUCAUCAUGUGAACGAAAUCUGAAAUUGGAGUCAAAGUGAGAUGUGCAAUUGUUCAUCAUAAACCUUUUUUUCCUCCCUUUCUCCUUAACUGUCAUCUGUCUUUGGUACUGUGGGCAACAAGUACAUUUAAAUGCUGCUUUAACACGUAAAACUUUUUCGGCUUAUGUUUUACAGUCAGACGUGAAAUAUUUUCCUACACAUUUUGUCCCACGUGAAAUGCAGUAGUCCUUUUCCUAUGUACAGACUUAGGCAUUACUACCUUCCCUCCUCAUAGUGUAUACUCAUCAUUAUUGUUAUUCAUGUACUGUAUAUAUAUCUUGCCUACAAUCAUAACAUCAAAUUGAUUGGACAUGCUGUUGAUUGGCAGCUUCCAAAAUGAGAUGGCAACAUUGAUCUGAGGUUUGUUUUGUUUUUGGGUUUUUUUUUGUUUUUUUUUUGCACCUUCUGAUGUAUAGACUCUAAGGAACCACAAAUUAAUCAAAUGCAUUUUCAUUUCAAGUGCCAUCAUCAACAUUGCAUUUCUUUACAGAAAAUGAACUGUAUAAAGUAUUUAUGCAAUUACUUUGGUUUUUAACAUUUUUAUUAUUAUAAUUUCAGCAGGUUUUGUUACUUUUGUUACAUAUCAAUUAACAAUGGCUGACUUUCUGUGUCAGUGCAAUGUACAUUUUAUUUUGUUGGUUUCAUUCCGUACGGCAUUAACUAAUUACUUUAGCCCUAAAAAGAAGAAAGAAAAAAAAAACACUAUGUACAGCAACGACCAGAGUACAUUAAAUGGAAAGGGUGGAAUUUUGUACAAUAUAAGAAAAAUGGACUGAGGAAAUUUUUUGAUUAUUUUUGGUGGUCUUGUGCUAGACUGCAUUACAACAGUAUCUAAUGUGCAAUCUGUGAUAGCUGAAUGUUCAUUCAUUGUAUAUUUGUCUUCAAAACAACUACAGAAUCAGAAAGUAGAAUAACCCAACAAAAAUGUGUAACUUUAAUGCAAUAGAUCUGGUAUUUAACUUUUUUUUUAAAUUUCAAUUAAAAAGUCCUGCUAUUUACCACCAAGAA